UCUAAAAUCCAAAAUGGCGAAGCCGGUGCUAUAUACCUACUUUCGUAGUUCCUGCUCAUGGAGAGUUAGAAUUGCCCUGGCCUGGAAAGGUAUUGAGUAUGAGUCCAGAUUUGUAAACUUGGUGAAGGAUGGAGGACAGCAGAAAAAGGAUGAGUACGCUGCCAUCAACCCGAUGCAACAGGUUCCAGCGCUAGUGAUGAACGAAAGUACAAUGACACAAUCGGUAGCGAUGCUGGAAUACUUGGAAGAGGUCCAUCCAGAAAAGCCCCUCCUACCUGUGGACCCUCUGGAAAGAGUCAAAGUGCGAGAAAUUGUGUCUGUCAUCAGUGGAGGGAUCCAGCCCCUGCAGAAUCUCAGUGUGCUGAAGAAAAUUGGGGACGAGGGUAAAAUGGAAUGGGGCAAAUUCUGGAUAGACAAGGGAUUCCAGGCUCUGGAAGAGAUUCUAAAACGUACUGCUGGAAAGUAUUGUGUCGGAGAUACUGUGACAAUAGCUGAUGCAUGUCUGGUCCCUCAGGUCUACAAUGCAAACAGAUUCAAGGUGGAUAUGGAACAGUUCCCUAUAAUCGCUCGUCUUAAUGAUGAACUCCUCAAACUGGACGCCUUCAAAGAAUCUCAUCCGUCCAAAAUGGACGACUGCCCUGAAAAUCUUCGCAGUUGAUGUGUGUUCAUCAGUACAAGAACCGAAAAACUUGCAGAACGAAAAAGAAUGCAAAACAUGGAAUGACCUUAAAUCAAUGCAGUCAAAAAUGGAUGACUGGCUUGAGAACUUUUUAUAAGAGUUUAUUGAAAAAAUCCAUCAGAGACUUGUACUAGGAACUAAAUUAGGAACAUUUAAUGAUCAUAAAGCUGAAUGUUACAAUGGAGACAAUCCAGAGCGAGUGAAUGGCCGGAGACAAGCAGAGUUUGUAAGGGGUCAUUAACACAUUAAUCAGUGACCUGCACUAUAAAAAAAAUUAGGAACAUUUAAUGACUGUAAAUUUGAAUGCUACAAUCAAUGUAAUUGAUUGAGUUUUGCCUUCAAGUACCCUGGUAUCCGUGGUUAUAGUGUUAUAUGUCAUGAAAACCUUAUUUAUCGAGUAUUAUUACGGUUACAUAUUGUACUCAGUAAAAGCCAUCAGAGCUUAGUAUGGUCCUUACAUUUUAGGGGCACAUAUGAUUUAUAGAUUUUCAAAAUUCUGUACACCCUGGUUCUUAGUUUACUAGGACAUUAGGACAGGCUAUGAAAAUCUGGGGUAUAACCAACUGUUUUUGGGGGUAAAAAAACCCUUAUUUAGUGUUUUGGUGAACAAUACCUUAUUUAGACAUGUUCACAUUUAAGUGAAAAAAUUAAAUUAUCAAACUGCCAAACAAAAUUUUUGAUAAGUGGUUUGGUUGGCAGAGUGCUACUCAUUAGUGCUAGAUUUAUUGCUGUUGUGGUUAAAUUUUUGUUACAAAGCAAGAGUGUUUUUUUUGUCAAAAUGAUAUAUUUUCUGAUAUGAUGUCAGUUUUAUUUUAAUCCAAUUGCUUUUGUCAGAUCUAAAUAUAAUUUGUAGUACAUGUAUUACCAUACUAGUUUUAUACAUAUCUCAGACUAUUGUCAGAUUUUACUAUAAUUUGUAGUACGUGUAUUUACCAUACUAGUUUUAUACAUGGGAAGGUGCUUCUCAUAUAAAACAUCAUAAUUUCAAUUCAUUUUUCUUUUUAGUACAAUAACAUAAAUAGUCAAUCCUGUCUCUAAAGACCUCAGGGAAUACCAACAAAAUCUUAAACGACAGUUAGUCUAAUAGACAGGUGAUCUGAUAGACAGGUGGUCUAUAUAUACAGGUGAUUAAUAUUGAUAGUUGUUUUUAUAGACAGGUGGUCUUUGUUGACAGGUGUUUUUUAUAGGUAGACUUUAUAGAUAGAUGAUCGUUAUACAUAGGUGGGGAAUAUUGAUAAAGGUUUUUGUAGAUAUAAGAUCUUUAUAGACAGGUGGUCUGAUAGAUGAUCAUGAUAGACAGAUUGUCUUUAUUGACAGGUGGUCUUUUUAUAGGUAUUCUUUUUGGACAGGUGGUCGAUUUUGAUUGGUAGUCUUUAUAGUCAGGUGGUCCAUAUAGACAGAUUGAUUUAUGGACAGGUGAUCCUUAUAGACAGGUGAUCCUUAUAAACAGGUUAUCCUUAUAGACAGGUGAUCCUUAUAGACAGAUGCCCAUUAUUGUAGUAUUUAUCAGUACAAUGUAAGUGGCCUUUAAGGCAUGUUUUACUAUAUUUUUAGGUCACCUGAGCUUUAGCUCAAGUGACCUAUUGCUCUCCGUUUUCGUCCGUCGUCGUCCG